AAAAAAUAAUUUCUUCUGGGAAAGAGGAAAUACUUACACACACAAGACGACGUCUAGAGAUUGGAACGAUCCUCCUCGCCAUCACGCUGCUACUGCGUUGGGAUCUCUCUCUCUCUCUAAAUCCUUAAUCCACCUUCCCAAUUGGAAAAGUAAACACCCGACUCAACCAUCAUCAUCACAUCAUCAUCUCACCAGCAAAAUCUCAGUUUGACUUGUGGGGAUCAUGGAAUUGGUGCAGAACUGUGGCUCUGUGAGCUGAGGCCUGCCAACUCUUAUAUUGUUUCUGAUUUUGGGGUAUUUGAUCAAUCUUUUCCAUUUCGCUUAGCGAAUACCAUUGAUCCGACUGCAAGCACAGUUUCCAAUCUAGUGAAAGGCAGUACCGGAAUUGCGUCUGUUGAUAAGGUAGAGUCUCAGAGGAGAUUGUUGGAGGAAGAAGGUCAACGAUCGAGCGAAGUUUCUGUGUCUAGUGUUAACACUGAGAAUUCAGCAGAAUCUGAAAUGGCUGAUACUAGUCCCCGGACAGACUCGGGGGAUGCUGACACAGAUGAGAAAAGUCAGAGGUUUGAUAGAGCCCUAUCGACAAACCUUGCCGCUUCUGAUUCCAGUGAUAGAUCAAAAGAUAAAAUGGAUCAAAAGACACUACGCAGACUUGCUCAAAAUCGAGAAGCUGCAAGAAAAAGCCGGCUUAGGAAGAAAGCAUAUGUGCAACAGCUGGAAAGUAGCCGCUUGAAGUUGACCCAAUUAGAACAGGAGCUUCAAAGAGCGCGUCAACAGGGGAUCUUUAUUUCAAGCUCAGGAGAUCAAGCUCAUUCAAUGGGUGGAAACGGUAAUUCUAAAAUACUUCCCCCGGAAUUCAGAAAUUACAUUAGAUACAAGAUACUCUUUCUGAGUUCCAAAAGUUAAGUGUUGUAAGUGGUGUUAUGCUGGUUAAAAAGGAAUUACUGACAUGUAAAUGAAGAGCAGGUUGCAAUGGAGAGGGGGAGCAUUAUGGGUGAGGGAAAGUUGGGAGAGAAGGAAAGAACGGAAGAGGGGCGAGUGGGGCUGGGUAGGUGCUAGGGAGGAGAAGGCAGGUAGGCAUGGGUUUGUUGGGUACAUGCCAAAAGUUGAUAUGUCCUCUAACUUCUCUUAUUAAUUUUGAGUUUGACCUUCUUUCUUAGUUUGACUGUCGGCUGGAGGGUGUGUUUAAGUCGAUAUAGAAGUCCCAAAAACAGGGCUUGGAUUAGUAUUUAACAGAAUUGCUGCCUGCUGAUUGAAAGAGACUUGCAAUGUUCUCUGAUGAUCAGCCUUUCAUUCUACCCUUAAUGUGCGCUUCUGGGAAAUGUAUAAUUUUAGAAUGUGUUUAUGAUGUAUUUUGGAAGUACGCAAUUCUCUACAUUUUCUUAGGUACAUUACAAUGUAUUUUGGUGCCUGUUGCAGGGGCCAUGGCAUUUGACGUAGAGUAUGCACGAUGGCUGGAAGAGCAAAAUCGACAAAUAAAUGAGCUGCGAGCAGCAGUAAACUCUCAUGCUGGAGAUACAGAACUUCGCAUUAUCAUCGAUGGUAUAAUGGCUCACUAUGAUGAAAUUUUUAGGCUGAAGAGCAAUGCAGCCAAGGCUGAUGUUUUCCAUUUGCUGUCUGGCAUGUGGAAGACGCCUGCUGAGAGGUGUUUUCUGUGGCUUGGCGGGUUCCGUUCAUCUGAACUCCUAAAGCUGUUAGUGAAUCAAUUGGAGCCUUUGACAGAGCAACAGUUGGUAGGAAUUACCAACUUGCAGCAAUCUUCGCAACAGGCUGAAGACGCUCUAUCACAGGGGAUGGAGGCAUUGCAGCAAUCCCUGGCUGAAACAUUGUCCAGCGGUUCUCUAGGCUCCUCUGGUACAUCUGGAAAUGUGGCGAACUACAUGGGUCAGAUGGCCAUGGCCAUGGGAAAGCUUGGGACCCUCGAGGGGUUCAUUCGCCAGGCUGACAACUUACGACAGCAGACGCUACAGCAGAUGCACAGAAUAUUAACAACCCGCCAGUCGGCCAGGGCACUGCUGGCCAUCCAUGAUUACUUUUCCCGAUUACGAGCUCUUAGUUCCCUUUGGCUUGCCAGACCAAGAGAAUAGAUGAAUCUGGUUACUUCGAAAUGGUAUACAUCUUCAAGAGCGAAGCUGGAACAACAUUGAGGGAGUAAAUUGAUGAAUGAUACGAUGGAGCAUGGGGUUUUUCUGGGGCGUUUAUUGUAAUUCUUUCUUCUUCCCUUCCAUCUUGUUUCUUGUGAUAAAUGUCUCUCCUCUCCUCGAUACCAUUUAGCCUUUCCUGAUUUGUUUAUACGAUAGACUUGGUAUCCUAUCAAACAUAGUCACUUGAUAGAGUUGUCCAAAGAGUAGAAAGAGAACUGUUUGUUUGUAGCCAUGCCAAUUUGUUAAGAUGUACGAUUUUUCAAUUUCCUGUACGUUGAUAAAUUUUUUGGUUCGUGCUCUCUUAUUGUUCAUGAAAAUCUGUAGUUGAAAUCAUAUAUGAUCAGUUGAAUGGGACUUCUUAUGUGUUGG